AUGGAAGUUAUAGUGCAGGAUGAUUGCAGAUUCAGACCUACACUUGAAAAUUAUAUCACAAUAGUUUCAUUUUGCAUCAUUUUUUUCCUCUCCGUUGUUGGCAAUGCUGUCGUUGUUGCUGUCAUUUUGCAGCAACGUUCAAUGCGAUCAGUGACAAAUAUUUACUUGUUAAAUUUGGCAAUAUCAGAUUUGAUGUUAUCAGUGGUCUGUAUGCCACCUACUCUUGUUAGUUCCGUUAUUUAUUGCUGGAUAUUUGGUGAUCUCCUUUGCAAGUUAUUUGCAUACUUGCAACCAGUUGUUGUGACAGCAUCAGCUUAUACAUUAGCUGUGAUAGCAUUUGAACGAUAUUAUGCCAUUUGUAAACCAUUGCAUUCGAGAAUUUGGCAUACUCGAUCACAUGCCUAUACAAUGAUCGCUUUAGUUUGGCUUAUUUCGGUUCUUGCCAAUUUACUUAUGCUUUUUAUGUUCGAACUACAAACCUACAAUGUUAAUGGUCUAACAUGUGCACCCAAACAUCGACCCAUUCUUCAUUUCGGUUACCAAAUAUACAUGACCUCAGUGUUAUUGCUUAUUCCAUUAUGCAUAAUGAUUGUUUUGUAUGGAUCAGUGAUACAUGCACUUAGGGUUGACAUGAAGGUGGAUCAUACUUUCGCUGCAACAACUAAUAGCAGUGCUAUGACAGGCAACGAUGAACAACAACGACUACGCAAGUAUACGGUAUCGGAUAGCUUGAAAAUGAUGAAAAGUGGGAGUGGGAAAAAUAUAAAUUUGGCUGCAUCAAAGAAGUUCAAUUGCUUCAGUUGCUUUUAUACUUCUAUGAAACAAAUACGAACUACUUCCGAUACAACAUCAUUAACCAAUACAAGGAAAGAUAAAUCGAUCGAUUUAAGUAGCAAAAGUAGCCUGCGAUCAACACACAGUGAACGGUCAGUUUUGGCCAAACAACGUGUCAUCAAAAUGCUCAUCGUUAUUGUUAUCAUAUUUUUUUGCUGUUGGACACCAAAUUAUAUGUGGUGGCUGUUGUUAACAGCCCAGGAUUCAUUUAAGACUUUUGAUAUUUGGAACUCAGAAGUGAACACAGCAAUAACAGUACUCUGUUACAUAUCCUCGUGCGCUAAUCCAAUCACCUAUUGUUUCCUUAAUAGGAAAUUUCGUACUGCACUCCUAGUUACAUUUGGUUGUCUACGGAAAACUCCGAACCAUUUCUCGACUGUCUAUUUACCCGAAUUACCGAUGGAUACAUUGACAUCAAAGAAAUCAAACGAAGAAAUGAUCGCUCUCCGGACAGAAAGGACGAAUCGAAAUAAUCAAUGGUCAAUGAAUGUUAUCCACUCUCAAACAGUACUUCAUCGUACAGGUCCAACUACUGCAACGAUAGCAAUGACAACAGGACACCAAGAAAGGAAGAGGCCAGUACUGGGAUAG